UCAUAUAGUUUAAUUAAUAGCAGAGUUCAUCCAAUUCAAUGUUUUGAACUUGUUAUUUUUGUUGUGCCACGUCUCAAGAAAAUCAUAGCUGUUGGAUGCGAUUAAGGAAAAAGCUGGCUAUAUAAGGGUCUGCACAAAGGUCCAGUACCCCUUCACCUUUGGGUACUUGUAUCUCCACUUUGCCAUGCAUGCUUGCACUUGGUACACCGGCAAGGCAACGGCUAUCUGGACCUUCUUCUGAACUACUAGUUUGUUUAUUCAAGAACUUCCAGAAUAUAAGCUUCAUUUUUUUUGUCAAGUUUCAGAAGUUAAGCACUGGUGGAGAUGAGGCUAUUUGAUUUACUGUUUUAUCUUCUCCUGCUUAUUUUCAUUGCAACUCCUGCUGAGCAAGCUUCUGGUGUCCUAACAAGUCAAGGUAGCAACAAUACUCAUCCCUCCAGUGCCAUGUAUUCCCCCGGUUGUCCAAAAAGUUGUGGCAACCUCACAUUUGACUACCCAUUUGGCAUCGGCUCAAACUGUUUCCGGAAUCCGGACUUCAAUCUCACCUGCAACAAUACCACACAACACCCAAAGCUGUACCUUCAGGAUCUUACCACAGAGGUUAUCGAUGAUAUUGAUGUUAGUGAUUAUGGAAGCAUCAAUGGCUUCAUUGACACGGAGUUCUCAGUCAGAUUUUCCACAGCCAUCUCCAUGAGACAGGGCGUCGAUGUGUACGACAUGUCCUGGAAAGCUCCUGGAAGAUCUUUCACUCUUGACUACGUGGAGCUAAACAUCACCGGCUGUAAUUUCGAUGCAUACUGGCUAGACCAAGACAUAAAUGCAGAUGUGAGGCUCUGUAGAGUUACCUGUCCUGAUGAUGCAGAAAUCACGGACAAGGAUGCUAGGCAGAACUGCAAUGGAACUGGAUGUUGCUCCAUCGAGUUUGAGACUUAUCUUCGAGCAUUCCAGUUGAAGUUCGUCCUCCACAAUAGAGGUGAGCUUGUGCCAAACACUAACCGAAGCUCCCUAUGGGACAGCAUCAAUGUAACUUCUGCGUAUGCCUACAUCGCAUGGAGUAUUGUGGACCAACCGACAUGUGCCAGCACCUUGGAUAAUAGGACGAACUAUGCCUGUGUAAGUAACAACAGUACAUGCUAUGACAGCUUGGAGACCUCAGAUCUUGGAUAUCUCUGCAGUUGUGAUGGUGGGUAUGGGGGCAACCCAUAUAUACCCAAUGGCUGCUCACGAGACAAAGGAUAUAAUCCAUUUGAACAAAAGGUUAAUUGCCAGCGAUCAUGUGGUAACAUCAGUGUCCCGUUCCCUUUUGGCUUAGAAGAAGGUUGUUUUGCAAGGAAGCUAUUUCAUCUCAACUGCACAAAUGCGACAUCUUCCAGUCUCCAGUUUGAUGAUGAACAUCAGGUGGCAUAUAUAAACAUCAAUGAAGGGCUUGUAGGCAUUAAGUACAGAUCAAUUUAUGAACAGGAGUUGUUUAGGGUGUAUAUACCUAAGCAACCUGGUCUCUAUAUUGGUUCAGGGGAAUCAUCCUCUGUGCAAUGGGCCGUUGCCAAUCUGACCUGCAAGGAGGCAAAGCAGAACUACUCAGGAUAUGCAUGUGUUAGCAUCCAUAGCAUAUGUUUGGGCGUAAACUCAACAGAAGGUUACAUUGGUUAUCGAUGCAAAUGUAUGUCUGGCUUUCAAGGAAAUCCAUACGUACAGAAUGGCUGCCAAGGUUCGAUCUCCCUCUGCCUUCAGCUUGUGCUGCAGCUGCACAGCAAGCUGCUCGGGUGCAAGUGCUGCACGCUUCUGCCCAGCUGCAGAUGCUGGACAUGUUGUUGGCUUGCUGCAGUUGCAGCUGCUGCAGGUUCAAUAUUGGAAGUUUAUGCUUUAAAGUUAAACAGACUAAGGAGCGUAAUUGUUGCAGGUAUUGUCAUUGGGCUUAGUGGUGGCUUCAGCAUUCUACUUCUCAGCUUAAGUGCAUCAGUGCUUGUUCGCAGAUGGAAAAGGGACAUCCAAAAGCAACUACGAAGGAAGUAUUUUGAAAAAAAUCAAGGACUUCUCCUAGAACAACUAAUAUUGUCAGAUGAAAAUGCAACCGACAAGACAAAGAUUUUCACUUUGGAAGAGCUGGAAAAAGCAACAAAUAACUUCGAUCCUACACGAAUACUUGGUCGUGGAGGGCAUGGCAUGGUGUACAAAGGCAUAUUAUUGGACCAACGUGUUGUUGCAAUUAAAAGGUCUAAGGUAAUUGAGGACAAUGAGAUCAGUCAAUUCAUUAAUGAGGUCGCAAUUCUCUCUCAAAUAAAUCAUCGGAAUAUUGUAAAGCUCUUUGGAUGUUGUCUAGAAACAGAGGUUCCACUACUGGUGUAUGACUUUGUUCCCAAUGGCUCAUUAUUUGGAAUUCUACAUUCUGGUUCAAGUAGUAGUUUCUCUUUGUCAUGGGAUGACUGCCUAAGAAUUGCUGCAGAAGCUGCAGGAGCUCUUUACUAUCUCCACUCGGCAGCCUCUGUAUCAGUCUUCCAUCGUGAUGUGAAGUCCUCUAAUAUACUGUUAGAUUCCAACUAUACUGCAAAAGUUUCGGACUUUGGUGCUUCUAGAUUGGUUCCUAUUGAUCAAACUCAUGUUGUUACAAAUGUCCAAGGCACGUUUGGAUACUUAGACCCAGAGUAUUACCAUACUGGGCAGCUAAAUGAUAAGAGUGAUGUAUAUAGUUUUGGUGUGGUACUUGUGGAACUGCUUCUUAGAAGGGAGCCUAUUUUUACAAAUGAGACAGGGUCAAAGCAGAACUUGUCUAAUUACUUUCUUUGGGAGCUAAAGUCAAGGCCAAUUAAAGAGAUAGUGGCUACUCAGGUUUGUGAAGAAGCAACCGAGGAAGAGAUUAACAGUGUUGCCUCUCUUGCGGAGAUGUGCUUGCGACUCAACAGUGGAGAGAGACCUACGAUGAAGCAAGUCGAGAUGAAUCUGCAGUUCUUGCGAACAAAAAGAUCAAACUCCUGCCAUGUUGUUCAAGAUAACUCUGAAUCUGAAGAGAUGCAACCAUUGCUAUGUACAAGAGCUGAAUCUAGAUAUGAGACAUUUGAUAUUAGCUUGGGUGAAAGUUCUAGUUCAAAGUCUCGCUACAGCCAAAGAUUGGGUGAAAGUUCUUGUAGCUUGGAGCAUGAUUUCGGAUCAUUUUUUGGGGUAUCACGCUAAGGAUCUCUUGUCAGCGUCAGAACUCCAUAGAACAUCACAAGAAGAUUUUUGUGAGAGUGAAUGUUUCUUUUCCUACAAGUGCUAUCGAAAUAAUGUGUUGUACCCAGGCAUGUACCUGAACAUCUUAUUGCGGAGAAGAUGAUGGAUUCCUCAUUUCCUCUACAGUUUCUUAUUUUAUACAAUAUCAUACAGCAGUAUGUAGUGCCUCAAAUUGGAAUUACACUGAUCUGUCAUUUGUACUUGGAUUCUUGCAGUUCAUAACUUGCGUAUAUAUAUGUAAACUUUUUGCUGCAUAUUGGAUAUGUGAAGAGUUAUUUUAGGUAUAAUGUAUUUGUGCACAAAAAUUCAAAUAACAGAACAAAUGCACUAUCUGUUCCGUCAUUGAUUUUCAGAUUAGACAUGAAACCAGAUCUCUCGGCAAAUCAACAAGUUCCAGGAAUCUAAACUGAGUACUAGGUUAUUCUAGCGCAUAAAAUGUUGCCCAAGUGGGAUAGUAUACAUGUUUAUGUCACUAAUUCGUUGCCACCAAAGAUACAUAUAUGUAAUCCACAGUUUGUGACCCACUGCUUGGAGGCAAAUAAUCUGAAAGG